AUAUAGAAAGACCGUACCUACCAUCCGAUUAUGGCGCCGCCCUGAAUGGUCAGCCGCACUUGUGUAAAUAUCUUAUGAGCGGUCGACUCCCACGUACCUGAAAAUUUUCUGCUGUUCAACCCCGUCUGACAGCACUACCUACCACUCGUUAGCUUCCUACAUUCGCUCAUGAAUACGCUCGCUUGAGAGUUCUCUUCCAGGAUGUAUUCGCGCGUCCAAGUGUUCUUCUUCCUCGCAGGUCAGCUGGGGACUGGCCUCGCCUUCGCGGUGCCUCCGUCGCUAAGCCAGCGCGAUGUCUCGCCCGACAUGACUUGCGGGAACACGGGGGCCGGGACAAAGGGUUACACAUGUUCUGACAACCUGUGCUGCUCCCAGUACGGCUACUGCGGCAACAGUACGAAUUACUGCGACACUGGCUGUCAGGGACAAUUCGGCCUGUGUAGCGGGUCCGGCGGCGAUGGAAACGGAUCUGGAGAUGAUGGUGACGGAGGGGUUUCACCGGAUCUGACGUGCGGCAACACGGGAGCCGGAGAGCAUGGCUAUAUCUGCCCGACUGGCAUGUGCUGCUCUCAGUAUGGGUACUGCGGUAACUCGACUGAUUACUGUGAUGCCGGAUGUCAAUCUGCAUUUGGAACGUGUUCGUCGGGCGGUGGCGGGAACGGUGGAAGUUCCAGUGAUGGGCGCUGCGGGCCCGAUUUCGACGAUCAAGUGUGCGGUGCGACGGAAUGUUGUUCUAUUUCCGGAUAUUGCGGUACUACUUCAGACUACUGCAAUGCUCCGGACUGCCUCUUCGAUUACGGACCGGCUUGUGACGCAAAUAAAAUUCCCAGCGGCACUAACACGUCGACGUUAUCCCGAUCUCCCCUCGGAAGUGUGGCGGUCGGCGGCGUAGGUAUCUACGACUGUCAGAAUGACGGUGAUGUGGCUCUGACUUUCGACGAUGGACCUGGCCAGUACACGUCUGCGCUCUUGGAUCUCCUGGCGCAGUAUAGCGCCAAAGCGACCUUCUUUAUCACCGGCAUUAACAACGGCAAGGGUGAGAUCGAUAAUACAAGUCUCCAAUGGCCGUCCAUAAUCAAGCGCAUGUACACCGAUAACCACCAGAUCGCAUCUCACACGUGGUCGCACGCCGACCUCAGCACCCUCACAUCAGCGCGGCGGCAGGACGAGAUGAUCAAGAACGAGAUGGCGUUCCGCAACAUCCUCGGCUUCAUCCCGACGUACAUGCGGCCGCCGUACAGUUCGUGCACGAAAGCCAGCGGGUGCGAGGACGACAUGGCCGCGCUGCGGUACCACGUCAUAUACUUCGACCUCGACACCGCGGACUACCUCAACGACUCGCCGGACUUGAUUCAGAACUCCAAGAAUAACUUCGACCAGUUUUUCGUGGGCUUGUCUCCCGACUCGGACGACGCCCUGGUCAUCGCGCAUGAUAUCCACGAGCAGACUGUGCAUAACUUGACCGAGUACAUGCUCAAGGGCAUUCAGAGCCGAGGUUACAAGGCUGUGACUGUGGGCGAUUGUCUUGGGGAUCCUGUCCAAAACUGGUAUAGGCAACUUUAGGAGGUGAUAGUUCUCUAGGCCUCGCCUCUGGGUUUGUAUAUUGUUUUGGAACAGAGGCCUAGAUAUGGAUCUUGGAUAUUAUUCUCCCUAUAAUAUUAAAGUUAAUUAUAUGUGUCAAUACGUUUUAGUAGAAAUAUUUAGCCAGAACAUCUCCAUAGCUGUUAAUAGGAGGAGCGUGAUAAGAACUCUUCAACCUUGAUAUGAUAGACCUUUGACUCGUGUCGAAGAAGAGAUAUGCCGUAAAGGCGACUUUUUCUAUACUCUAAUAUUUAGAAAAGACACAUAAAGACAGUAGUAAGUUUUUGAGUCUUGAUGGAAUACUCGGCAGGAUAGUAUCUAUCGAGGAAUGUCUCGUCGCUAGGGGGAUGGCUGUCGAUGAACUUCAAAGCUAGGAUCGAGAGUUUUGAGCUUGUGUACCUAAAUCAUUGAGAGAUGGGAGAAGAAAUAUUGCAAGCGCCCGUGGACU